AUGUAUAAUAAUAUAAGAUUUCAGACAGAGUUCGCCCUAAUAAACCUCUCAGGCACAAUUAUCGAGAAACUCUUUUGGCCACCAUUUCACGGCGCCGGUGGCGCCUCCGUUCGCCGGCGUCGCCUCUGUUUCUUUUCUCUUCUGCUUCUCUUCACUCUGGUCUCAGUCUACUUUAGUUAUUUUAGAGUGUUUGUGUUAUAUUUUCUGUGUUUGGUUCCUUCCCCACCUGAGAUGACUCGUGUGGUCUUCUCUGGCGGUUUGGAUACCACCGGAAUUAUUUGUUUCUCCGGGGAUUCCCGAUCUACAUCUCGUCCAAGCGUUUCCUCCCCUCGCUGCAGGCUCUACACUGGCUCCUUGCUUGUCUCGUACAGAUCUGUGAGCCUUGUCUCCAUCAACGUAACUCAGAGACUCUCAACCGAAGACUUUCGUCGGAUCUCUUCCUCCCUUCCACCGCAAGUCCUCCUUCCGCAUUUAGCUACCGAUGUCCGAACGUCUACUGUCCGUGGGGCUCCACACUUGACCCGCCGUUCAGAUCUGGAAGCAUCUUGGUUUUUAUGGACAAGCUCACCUCGAUUUACAACCACCACCUCCAUCCCGACAAGGUCCUGUUUUGAAAUACUCUACUGUAGAUACGGUGAGGUCCGACGCGCUGACGACCUUUCUGCUCCAUCUCCGAUAGAUGGUGUUGUGAGUCUUGUCGACUCCGGGGAGAAUACCUUAGCAUUAUCUGAGGCGCCGCGCUUCAUAACCGGCCACUGCCCCUUCAACUCCGGCAAGAACUCUAAGCUUUCAAGUCUCCCGAUCAAGCCGUCGUUCAGUUCAAAUCCGAGAAUGUUAAUCUUAUGGGCCUGGCCCUUGUGGCAAAGAUGCAAAGGAUUUCCGGUGGGUUCACCGGGGCCUUUCUCGUACGCUUAG